CAGAAGCGAUUUCAUCAAAGUGCUCGAGUCUCAGCAUCGGCACUUAGCGAGUCCUUCGAGGAAAGACACACACACAGACAGACAGCAUGGCAAACGCUCACCUGCAAGGAGUCGAGAUCUCCGCAACUCAGUUUCUGGAUAUCUGGCGUCAUUAUGACAAUGAUGGAAAUGGAUAUAUUGAAGGGAAAGAACUGCAGAAUUUCAUCGAGGAGCUGCAGCAAGCUCGCAAACAAGCAGGACUGGAACUGACAGAGAAAAUGAAGGCUUUUGUGGAAGAGUAUGGACAGAAUGCUGAUGGCAAGAUUGGAAUUGCAGAGCUUGUUCAAAUUUUGCCCACUGAAGAAAACUUCCUGUUAUUCUUCCGACAGCAGUUGAAAUCUUGUACAGAAUUCAUGCAGACCUGGAGGAGAUAUGAUGCUGAUCAUAGUGGGUACAUUGAAGCCGAGGAACUUAAGAGUUUUCUGAAAGAUCUACUCCAGAAAGCCAAAAAAUCAUAUGACGACAAAAAGUUAGAAGAAUACACAGAGACAACGCUAAAGAUAUUUGAUUCUAACAAUGAUGGGAAACUGUGUUUGGCAGAAAUGGCAAGACUGUUGCCUGAAAAUGAGAAUUUUUUGUUAAAAUUCCAGCAUGUGAAAAUGCCAGCAAAGGAGUUCAAUAAAAUUUUUGAGCUAUAUGAUCAAGAUGGCAACGGUUACAUGGAUGAGAAUGAACUGGAUGCACUUCUUAAAGAUUUAUGUGAAAAGAACCAGAAGGUUUUGGAUAUAAAAAAUAUUUCAACAUACAAAAAUGCCAUUAUGGCAUUAUCUGAUGGAGGCAAACUCUAUAGAACAGAGCUGGCACUGGUUCUUUGUGCAGAGGAAAACUGAGAGAAAUCCUCUUCUUUACAACUAUCUCCAUGCACUAGUGAUCUGUGUAAAGAUUCUCUCCUAACUCCCAAGGGUGUAGGAUGUAUUUUUUUUUAAAUCUGUAAACCGAACUGACAGCAUAUGCAGGAAAUAAAUCACUGGGAUAUGUGGGACAUACUUUGCAAUCUGUUGUUUCUAUACUGUUUGUAAUGUACAGCUUUUUGUAAUUAUUGAAAUAACUAUAAUAAUAAAGGUUAUAUCCCUUUUACUACAUUAUAUUCCAUAAAAA